AUGCUUAUUCCAUGCGUGACUUCUAACGUAAUAGACGAUAGCACAACGCCUAGAAGGCCAAUAGAUAAACUCAUAAUUGGUGGACCCUUGAAGAAUUCUUUUGUACAUCUUUCACACAAUGACAAUACAGAAAAGGAGAAUAACGAUUCACCUGUUGUACAGAAUAGCAUAUCAAUUAGGGAAGCACAACUAAGGGCAUUAAACAACCAUCAACAGGAGCAAUCAGAGGAGCAGCAGGAGCAGCAGAAAAAUCAGCAAUCUGACGAUGGUAUACUACCAAGAUCCGCAUCCAGCGUCGGCAGAUUGGCCAGCGUUAGACGCAAACCAGUCCCGUCAAUCAAUCCAGUCAGUGGUGAUAUCGUACCAAGUUCAUCUGCUAUGCAAGUCAACAGUACCGCAUCAACUAAUGCUACUUAUGCUAGUGCUGAUUUUGCACCAUCAAUUCCUGUCGCUGCCGCUGCUCAAUGAGCUUAUCUAUUAUUUUAGUUGAGGCUGGACCUCAAUUUUAAAGAACAAUAUCGAAAACUAUUUAUAUAUUCGCUAGUUAGUCACGUAAAUAUAUCAAUCCCUCUUUAUAAUCAAGAAAAUUUGCUUAGAGAAACAAAGACGUUCGCUUUAUUCAUCUCCUUUCGUUAAUCUUUUGUAGAAUAAAGGUAAUAUAUCAAAACAAUUAAUAAUAUGAAAUAUAUAAUCAGAAAUCACGAAUGACGUGGUAUGUAACAAGUUGAAAUAGCUUGAUAAAUGAGUGUGUUUUUAUGGAGUGAAGAAUAAAUAAAUUGAGAGUAAACAUAUACAAUACAAAUUAAUGUAAACUGAUACAUUGAAAAGGACAAAAAACCUCAAUAGCACAAAUGUCAAUCAUAAGUAAUUGAUCAAUGAAAACUGACGAUAUGUCUCCAGAUCUCUUUACAUUUCUCCCAAUUCUUUCUACUAAAUCUCAUGAAUGUUUCGCGCGUAAAUCCUCCAAAAACACCUUCUAAGUUGUCUGUGAAAAUGAAUUGUGGUUCUAGAAAGAGAUCCGCUUCUGUGAGCUGAUCAUCCACAGCAGCAGCAACAGCCUUAUUGAAAUGUCUUCUCCAGGCGAUAACAUUAUUAGCCCAAUCAUCGUCAUCUUUGAAUUCACUCCUAAACCUCAACUGGUCUACAUCCAUGAAAACAAAUUCGAGGUCAAAUUCAAGAAACACGAAAAGUUCAUUGAGGUCGUAAUCCUGCAGUAAAAUACCAGAACGAGCGAGAUUGUUGAAUACUUUAACUGCAGUUUUACGUACGUGACUAGCGGAUGUGAGGGUGAGUGAUCUCGGUAAUGACUUAGCCUCAAUUACAUGCUGUAGGAGAAUCCCCUUAACAUUGAAAUACUCUUGAUAAUGUCCACCUGGUGCAUUUGACAUUAUCAAAGUGAUUGAGGUUUCGUAUUCUUGAAAAUAAUAUAAAUGCUCCUGUUUGACAAACUCAUAUAUAUUCUUCUGUCUCUCGUAUUGCUUGAGACAUUCCCUGUGCGCUCUUAAUUCAACUUCCUGUCCAGAUAAAUCACCAUCGACGAGCGCACUCCGGAAUUCUUUCUCUACGAUACUAUCCCAUGGGGUUUCCCGUGCUGCUAGGUAGCGACGGUCAAACAUACGCGCUAUAGAUGUACCUCCAACACCCCUAAUUACAACAUAUAGGUCAAUUGAUUUGGUCUCUUCUCUCCAGAUGGCAUUCAUGAUACGGUGUUCAUAUAUUUUCCCAUUCGUGUCGUGUAUUAUGCGCUUAAUUGUUUGCGGUUUAUAGUCAAAACUGGUACGUAUAUUUCAAUUGUGAUGCAAAUUGUCAAGUUAGCUAACUUACGAUUUCAUUAUAACAAUGUGGUGGUUAAUAAAGCAGUUAUUGGCUCACGUUUGCUCAAUUAAUAGACCAACUUUUCUGGAUAUGGGAAUAAUCUAGGUAUUUUACUUAUCUUCAAAACCGGCGAUCGAUACGUGACGAAAUCUGCUAUGAAUAUUCACGCUGGGGGUGAGGUAUUAGGUGAUGUAAAAUCACUCAUAUGCUACUUAGAUAGUCUGUGUGUACCAUCAAUCAUUACUAAUUACCAACAUCUGAUCGCCAUAAAGAGAAUUAUAGCUGCCACUUAGCAGAUUCGAUAUAUUGACGACAACCAGAGUUACUUAAUGUUAAGCUAUCAUCAGUAUCGACCUGCAUCAUGGUGAUAUUAUGACGAGAAGUCAUAUGAAUGUUAUCCAAUGAGAAGAUCUAAAACUGGCAAUAUAGCUUCCGAGUGUAACACCAUCCAUUAUAUACUAUAGUAAUUUGUAAUAUGCUUAGUUAUGGUCUAGCUAGUAUACUGAUGCCUCUUAACCAGCAUAUUGACUAGCGUAGUCAAACAACAAACAAAGUCCUAGUAGUAGUAUUUAAGUGUUGAGGUUAUUAUACUACAGUAAAAGACUAUAUCGUAUUGGAUCAAUCCAGUUCAAUAGCGUCAUGAUAGUGCGGCAGUGUAUUAAUAAUGUCGUUGACUUUAAAGUUAUUGUCUUAAUAAAUUCAAACUAAUUAUUAACCUAAAUAUUAUAUAUUUAGUGAGUGUCAUCCCUUAUCC